AAUACCAUAGACAGCAUCACAUAACCUAUAAAUUUAAAUCUGUCAUCUCAUCAUGGUUUUUAGUAAAAUAAACAAAACUAUUGUAGUUUCUGGUUUUAAACGGUUCAAUUUUAAUAUACCUACAAAUAAUGAUAUAAUACCUGCAACAUUAACGAACCGUAACCCUAGGAAUUUAGAAAAAUUACGAAUAGCAUACAAACCAAGUGGUUAUCACGUAGAUCGGCCAGGAAAAAGUUUUUGGCACAAAUUAAAAUUAAUUCAGAGUCAACGACACAUAACUGCUUCCAUAUAUCAUUUCCAAAAUGGUGAGGUACUUAGUGCUAGUACAAAAGAAUGGGCAAUUAAGAAACAACUUAAUAAAACAACUGACUCAGCAGCAUACUAUAAUAUAGGAAGGGUAUUAGCACAGAGAUGUCUGGAGUGUGGUUUAAUAGAAAUCAGUAAUGACUAUGAUCCUGUAAAUAAAGAAGGAAAGGUUGCAUUGCUGUUAAAAGCAUUAGAGGAAAGUGGUAUAAGUUUAACAGAACCAGUGCAGUUUCAACCCUAUCGUCCUUGGGAUCAACAUAGACCAGAAAAACCAUGGGACGUUAUAGAAGACGAUAUUAAGACAUAACUUAUACAUGUCUUUAUGACUUAGUGUUUAUUUGUACAAAUAAAAGUACAUAAAAUUA